GCACGGCUGCACAGUCGUGUGAUGAUUUUGUAACAAAACGUUGCCGAUAUUUAAAAAAAGAAUAAUAUUUAACGCGAAAUGUUAAGAAGUGUGUGUUUGUUUGUCGCGCUUUUUUAUGGAUUUUCGGUGACGGCCCAGUCUUCUGGUGGUCCCAGACACGGCAAAGCCGUUGUCUGCUAUGUGGCCACAUGGGCCGCUUACAGGAAGGGCGCUGGGCAGUUUGAAGUCGACAACCUUAACCCUUCACUAUGCACGCACUUAGUCUACACCUUUGCUGGAUUGGACGACAAACUUAAUACCAUCAAAAGUUUGGACGAAUGGAUGGACUUCCAAAGGAACUCAGGCGCUGUCAACAAAAUCCUAGCGUUGAAGGAACGAUAUCCGCAUUUAAAGGUGACCAUCGCCAUUGGGGGUUGGAACGAAGGCUCCGCCAGAUAUUCCAACAUGACCGCCACUAGAGAGGGAAGGAAAAAGUUCAUCGAUAGUGUUCUCUCUUUCUUAAACAAAUACAAAUUCGACGGUUUGGACCUUGACUGGGAGUACCCCGCCAAGAGAGGGGGCGUGGAACAGGAUAAGAACAACUACGUUUCUCUUGUCAAGGAACUGAAAGAAGCGUUCAGAGACCACGGCUACAUCCUCACAGCCGCGUUCGGCGCCGGCAAGAGCACAAUGGACGUCGCCUACGACCUACCCAGGCUGAGUCAGCACCUGGACCUCAUCCAUAUGAUGUGUUACGAUUACCAUGGAACUUGGGACGGUACCGUGGGGGCCAAUGCGCCGCUGAGGGGGAUCAGUGAUGAUGAUGUGUUGAGUGUGGAAUACACCAUCAAGUACAUGCUGGACCAUGGUGUAAAACCCCACAAAAUGGUGUUAGGUCUACCGAUGUAUGGCCGUACUUUCGUGCUGAAAAACCCCAACAUCACCCAUGUUGAAUUUGGUGUGACGAAGGUGGAGGCUUCUGGUUUUAAAGGACCAUAUACUGGGGAGAAUGGAUUCAUGGGGUAUAAUGAGAUUUGUAUGGAAAUCGAGAACAAUGGGUCUUCCUGGCAAAAGCUGUGGCAUGAGCAAACGUCAACACCUUACCUCAGGAAUGGAGAGAAGGUCCUUUCUUAUGAUAAUAGAAGGUCCAUUGCUGCCAAAGUCAAAAUGGCAAUAGAUUACAAUCUCGGUGGAGUGAUGGUGUGGAGCAUAGACACGGAUGAUUUUAAUGGAAACUGUAAGCAAGGCGAGCCGGACGCGUUUAAAGAUUUCUAUGACAGAUACAAGACGUUGAAGAACGAUCCUGUUCUAAAGGAGGCUUUGAAAACACUUCACUUACGAGAUAAUAACCUGAGCAGUCACACCGCAUACACUGUCUCCGAUGGGAACCUCCACCUCCGUAUCCCCAACCCAAUGUCCCCGAAUUACCCUCUCAUGCAGUCCAUCGAUCAAGCGAUGACCCUCGCGUUAGAGGAGAAGAGAAUCAACGACGAAAUGGAGAACGUCGCGAGAGGAAACGAGAUAGCGCAUAAAGACGAACCCGAUUCAGCUAAUAUGGUUAACGCGGCUAGCGUGUUAUGUUUUGCAGCAUUAGUUCUAGUUAAGCUGUUGUAGUUUUAAGUUUAAUUUAUUUUUAAUUUGUAUAAUACUCAUUUUUUUAAUUUAAUUGGAUUUAUGUUUAUGUAUAUAGAUUUUUGUUGAUUUUGCGUCUUUAAAAACGAAAAAAAGUUUUCAGCGGUCAAAUUUAUUGUCUUAAUCAUUAUACUUAUACAUAGUCGCGUCUAUAUAUCCCCUGCGGGGUAGACAAAGCCAGUAUUCUUGAAAAUACUGAAAGGUAAUGUUCAGCUGUAUGGCUUUAUGAUGGAAUUAAAAUUGCAACAGUGUCUAGCCCAUCAGCUACAAGAGGAAUCCCAGGUUUUUAAUCAAUUUAUUUCAAUUAUUUUAUACUAGAGGUCGCUCGCGAGUCGUCCGCAUGGAAACCUUAUCAAUCCCGCGGGAACUCCGGGAUAAGAAGUAGCCUAUAUGUUAUUCUGGGUCAUCAGCUACCUACAUACCAAAUUUCACCGUAAUCGAUCCAGUAGUUUUUGCGUGAAAGAGUAACAAACAUCCAUGACAUACUCACAAACUUUCGCAUUUAUAAUAUUAGUAGGAUUUUAACAGCAUUUGAACUAGUCAUUGAGUUCCUUUUUUGUGUAUGCUCUAACAUCCCUAGCACUUGGUCUCUCUCUCUCUCUGCGUGGUCCCGGUCGCACCCCCUACAGACGGCCUCUGUGGCGCAGCGGUAGUGCGCUUGUCUGUGACACAGGAGGCCUCGGGUUCAAAAAUUAAAAAAAAAAUUCAAAAUCCCGGACAGGGCAUGAUGAGAAAAGAACUUUCUCUGAUUGUCCUGGGCCUUGGAUGUUUAUCUAUAUAAGUAUUUAUUAUAAAAUAUAGUACCGUUGAGUUAGUAUCUCGUAACGCAAGUCUCGAACUUACUUCGAGGCUAACUCAAUCUGUGUAAUUUGUCCAAAAAAAAAAAGUGUUUCGGGGCCGGGGGUUCGCCUAUCACUUUGUGUAAUGUUGUAUAUUAAUCUUACAUACGUACAUACAUAUGGUCACGUCUAUGGCCCUUGCGGGAUAGACAGAGUCAACCAGUCUUGAAAAGACUGAAUCUUAUGAUCAAUUAUUUGUAUUCUUCAAUUCUAUAAUACCUUUUAAAACUAAAAUUUUGAUUGAUGUGCUUUAAAAGAUGCUGUAAACCAAUUAUUAGUUUACAUAACAAUGGAAAUAAUAUUAAGAGAAGUUGCUAACCUUCAUUUUUUACAUACAUACAUACAUAUAGUCACAUCUAUAUCCCUUGCGGGGUAGACAGAGCCAACAGUCUUGAAAAGACUGAAUGGCCUCGUUCAGCUAUUUGGCCUAAUGAUAGAAUUGAGAUUCAUUCAUUAUUUUUUACCAUGGCUUACAUUUUAUUAUUAUUUAGUCCUUUAGUCUCUUUUAUCGACAUCACGUUAAAACGAUCUUCGUGGUUGAUUCUGGUAAGUUUCAAAAUAAAAUGCUAUCUUGUAAAAAAUGUAUUAAACAAACAUUAAAUAAAAUAAAUAUCUAAUAAAUAUGUACAUCAUUUUGUUAAAUAGCAUAUUAGAUUCAUAAAUCUUCAUAAGGAGAUCCGCAGCGUACAUUGUAGAAAUGAUCACAUACCUGAAAAUAAAUGAAAUAUUUAGAAUAGAAUAGAUUUAUUUUGAAAACUGGAUACAAAGUAUCACUUAUUGAAGUUAACAUAACUAAACUCAUAAUUAUGUCUACUACCGCUUCCAAAUGUGUAACAGAAGCGGCAGAACAAACUACACUGCAGCAUUUUCAUUUUGUCUACAUCAAAAAUAAAUU